GGGCGGGGAGGCCGCCGGCACGCCGUGCACACGCCCGCGCCGCGCGUCCCGACGCGCUACGUGGCCGGCGGCGCCGCUUCCGCGUCAUGACUUCCGGGUGCCGCGGCCGCCAUCUUGCUCGCGCGGAAGCGCCGCGGCUGGGUGGGAGUCCCGGAGCGGGAGAGUCGCGGACGGUGCGGCCGCCGCCAUGCCGUCGUCGCCGCUGCGGGUGGCGGUGGUGUGCUCAAGCAACCAGAACCGGAGCAUGGAGGCGCACAACAUCCUCAGCAAACGAGGAUUCAGUGUCCGGUCCUUUGGAACAGGAACUCACGUGAAGCUUCCAGGACCAGCACCCGACAAGCCAAAUGUUUAUGAUUUCAAAACCACAUAUGAUCAGAUGUACAAUGAUCUCCUUAGGAAAGACAAAGAACUCUACACGCAGAAUGGCAUUUUGCACAUGUUGGACAGAAAUAAGAGAAUCAAGCCCCGGCCAGAGAGGUUCCAGAACUGCAGAGAUCUGUUCGAUCUGAUCCUCACCUGUGAAGAGAGGGUGUAUGACCAGGUGGUGGAAGAUCUGAAUUCCAGAGAGCAGGAGACCUGCCAGCCGGUGCACGUGAUCAACGUGGACAUCCAGGACAACCACGAAGAGGCCACCCUUGGGGCCUUCCUCAUCUGUGAGCUCUGCCAGUGUAUUCAGCACACGGAGGACAUGGAGAACGAGAUCGACGAGCUGCUGCAGGAGUUUGAGGAGAAGAGUGGGAGGGCCUUCCUGCACACCGUCUGCUUCUACUGACCUCCCGAAGCCGCGUUUCAGAGCCUCCUUCCUUUUGUUAAUACUCAUUCCUUCCUGAUACUGUUUUUACUUGUGGCUAUUCUGCUGGGGACGGUGGUAGCGCCCAGUGAACUGUACAUAUGAAAUGAGAAAAGAUACGUGAAUGCCAGAUCAAAAACAAUCAAGUGUCCUAUCCCACCUGUACUUGUGAGUGGGAUAUUGAUUAUAAAGUUUUUUUCUUUAACCAAAAAAGAAAGAGACGGUUUACAGUACAUUUCCCCGCUACACCUGUAUUUUUGGUUGUACAUUCCUUCCCUCGCCCCUGACUGGCUGGAAUGUGCAAACACCUGAAUAAAGCGACGGCUGCAUCAUCUUAGGAAAGAGCCUGCACUUGUCCAAUAAAUAGAUGCUGCUGCUGGA